CGGAACGCCGGGGUGUGGUUCCGGGUCGUGUGCGGUUCAGGGUAAUAGGGCUGCUGCUCGGCCGGCCGGCGGCGGCGAGCAGCAGGGGCAUGAGGGCUAACCCGGGAAGCGGCAGCUGAGCGGGCCGGUAGGAGCGCCGGUCCCCGUGGAUCCCGAGAGUGCAGAGCUCGGGCAGGGGCCGGGAGGCGUGGGGGAGCCGGGCCCUCCCCUCAGGAACGUGUCCCGGGGCCGACCCGGCCCGUAGUGUGGAAGCAGCUUCAGAUUAGGAAGACCCAUAAUAAAUUACACAGCUGGUACGAGACAGAGCCAGGAUUCAAACCCAGGUAGGUGAGCUCGUGAAACAAUAUGAAGAGGAGAAAAUAGCCUUUUAAGGAAAUUGGCCCACAGAAAGGAUGGCCUUCUUGGACAAUCCAACUAUCAUUCUAGCUCAUAUUCGACAGUCACAUGUGACCAGUGAUGACACGGGAAUGUGUGAGAUGGUUCUCAUUGAUCAUGAUGUUGACCUAGAGAAGAUUCAUCCUCCUUCAAUGCCUGGAGACAGUGGGUCAGAAAUUCAGGGAAGCAAUGGUGAGACUCAGGGCUAUGUAUAUGCCCAGUCAGUCGAUAUUACCUCAAGUUGGGACUUUGGUAUUAGAAGACGCUCAAACACAGCUCAAAGAUUAGAACGACUCCGAAAAGAGAGACAAAACCAGAUCAAAUGCAAAAAUAUUCAGUGGAAAGAAAGAAAUUCUAAGCAAUCAGCCCAGGAGUUAAAGUCACUGUUUGAAAAAAAAUCUCUCAAAGAGAAGCCUCCAAUUUCUGGGAAGCAGUCAAUAUUAUCUGUACGCCUAGAACAGUGCCCUCUGCAGCUGAAUAACCCUUUUAACGAGUAUUCCAAAUUUGAUGGCAAGGGUCAUGUGGGUACAACAGCAACCAAGAAGAUCGAUGUCUACCUCCCUCUGCACUCGAGCCAGGACAGACUGCUGCCAAUGACUGUGGUGACGAUGGCCAGUGCCAGGGUGCAGGACCUGAUCGGGCUCAUCUGCUGGCAGUAUACAAGUGAAGGACGGGAGCCGAAGCUCAAUGACAAUGUCAGUGCCUACUGCCUGCAUAUUGCUGAGGAUGAUGGGGAGGUGGACACCGAUUUCCCCCCGCUGGAUUCCAAUGAGCCCAUUCAUAAGUUUGGCUUCAGUACUUUGGCCCUGGUUGAAAAGUACUCAUCUCCUGGUCUGACAUCCAAAGAGUCACUCUUUGUUCGAAUAAAUGCUGCUCAUGGAUUCUCCCUUAUUCAGGUGGACAACACAAAGGUUACCAUGAAGGAAAUCUUACUAAAGGCAGUGAAACGAAGAAAAGGAUCCCAGAAAGUUUCAGGCCCUCAGUACCGCCUGGAGAAGCAGAGCGAGCCCAAUGUCGCCGUUGACCUGGACAGCACUUUGGAGAGCCAGAGCGCAUGGGAGUUCUGCCUGGUCCGCGAGAACAGUUCAAGGGCAGAUGGGGUUUUUGAGGAGGAUUCGCAAAUUGACAUAGCCACAGUACAGGAUAUGCUUAGCAGCCACCAUUACAAGUCAUUCAAAGUCAGCAUGAUCCACAGACUGCGAUUCACAACCGACGUACAGCUAGGUAUCUCUGGAGACAAAGUAGAGAUAGACCCUGUUACGAAUCAGAAAGCCAGCACUAAGUUUUGGAUUAAGCAGAAACCCAUCUCAAUCGAUUCCGACCUGCUCUGUGCCUGUGACCUUGCUGAAGAAAAAAGCCCCAGUCACGCAAUAUUUAAACUCACGUAUCUAAGCAAUCACGACUAUAAACACCUCUACUUUGAAUCGGACGCUGCUACCGUCAAUGAAAUUGUGCUCAAGGUUAACUACAUCCUGGAAUCACGAGCAAGCACUGCCCGGGCUGACUACUUUGCUCAAAAACAAAGAAAACUGAACAGACGUACGAGCUUCAGCUUCCAGAAGGAGAAGAAAUCUGGGCAGCAGUGACACUGGCCUCCAGCCGCAAUCUGUUCCAUAGCUUAGAGCCUGCCUGCCAGGGCCAAGUGCCCUAGAGCCCACCCGGUGUCCUGAAGUCCUCGGGGGGAGGCCAGCCCCUGGCUCACUGGCACAGGGCAGGUGGGCUCUCGGAGAAGGUGUUGGGGGCCCCCUAGGAGGGAGCGCUGGGGACAUUGCCAUGGGACGGAAGCCUGCUUGGCAGUGGCUUUGAUAAGCGAUGCGUGGGGGUCAGACCACCCCCUAGAGGAGCCACGUGCCGCCCAGCCACCUUCACUGCCUGCCACCCUGCCCGAGGAUGUACAGAGCCGUGCCCACACAUUUCCUUGCAACUUGAUCAAAUUUCUUAAAGCAAACAAAGAACAAAAAUGUACAUUUCUGUUUUUCCUUUUAAUAAACAGGUGUACUCUUUAUCAUGGUUGGUAUGAUGGACCAUUCUUUGGGUGGAGAAUUGAUUAUGUUAUUCUCUUUAAAAUCUGUUCCCAUAUUGAACAGGCAGAUUGGAAAAGCUAUGGUUCGAUUUCUCAGAAGAAAUGUUUAGGUCUUAGUCAAUAGUUUUAACUAUGCCAUUUGUUUAAAUGAGUGCAUUUGCUUCGAGGGUAGUGUCUUACUAAAAGUUAGGAACAGAGACCUAGUGGUGUGUCCAAGGCCGUGUCACUUUCCCCUUCAGCACACCGCAGCUUCUGACCUCAGAGCCCAGGAGCUGCGUGGACAGUGGGGUGCCAGGAGGAGGGGUGGUGGCUGGUCCUCAGGCACGCUGCACUCCCAGCCAGACGUGGUCUUUCCGUUUCUUAAGUAGCAAGUGUAGGUUUCAGCUGGCAGCUCCACCUGCAUGUGGAUUUUCCCGGGAUUGGAAUCGUCUCUGCUUCGCUGCCUUGGAAGGGGCCGCAUUCCCCUUUCCUCUUCUCCUUACAGUGCCUGCCUCCUUGUUCAAGCAGGCGGAAAGCUGCUGUUUCUCAAGUUUCAGGGAGAGGGGUGAGCGGAGGGAGACCUGUGUCCAUGCCGUCCGGCUCCCUGGGUGGGAACAGGCAAGGGAUCAGACGCCCCUGACACCACGCCUCUGGCCACACCAGAUGCCUCUGCGGUCCUCGACAGCCUCUUCAGUGUCCCUCCUGCGGUGAUGUCCUUUCUUACUGUCCCCAGCCAGGGCCGGGGACCGGUGUUUCACUGAGGACCUGCAUUAGAAACAUUUUUUAAAUUGUUGUACAGGAAGAGAUGUGUCUAAAACAGCAUCUUAAAGCUGAGUGUAUUUCUUUGCACAAGGGGUCAUGUUGAUGAAUUCUUCUUUUAUUCUGAUCUUUGUUCAGCCGACAGGAGCAUCCUUUUCUAAUGUCUUCCAUUCCUACCCCCCACCCAGAAACAAAUAUUUGUAGCUUGCUAUCUGUAUUUGAAUUUUUAGCAAUUUUAUAUUUAGAUACUUUGAAAAAUGUAAAUGACUAAUUUGGUCAUUAAAUCUUGUGACAUAUUCAAUAUUAAAAUGAUAUUAAAAUAAAAGUCAUAUAAAUACCCA